AUGCACUCAUCCGGAUCAAACGGGACGAGCGAUCCCAUCAAACUACAACCCUCCAGGGAGGAUGUCGGCCCAGAACCAGAUCCAGAUCCAGUGUUCGAGAUGGUCGUCCUCGGUUCCGGUGGAGGUCCCUUGGAGACUGAUUGUUCUGGGUACCUUGUCAAGCCAGCGUCUGGUCGAUGGGAGGAUGGGAUUCUCGCAUUAGAAGGAGGUUCCGGUAUUGGCGCUCUGACCAACCUGCUAAGGAUGCACGAGGCCGACGAGCUGUUUCCCAACGUCGACUUCCCAGAAACACACAACUCUCCCAUCCUCAAGGCGGCAUACAUCUUCUCAUUCCUCUCUUGCUACCUUAUUACUCACGCCCACCUUGACCACGCUGUCUCCUUGAUCUUGCUGUCUGGCUCCGUCCCAAGUAAGCAACGUCGAAUUUCCCGACUGCUGUUUAACCAUGACCACGUCAACGCGUCCGAGGCCACGGCAGACGAGACUGUCCCUCCAGUUCCGGCACGCAUUCCUGUGUAUGCCACACAGGAGACCCUGGACAAUCUCGCAGCGGCUUACGGUGGCGGCCUAUGGCCCGAACUAGGCGCUUGGGCUACUGCGGAAGAGUUAAUGCAUUCCGGCAGACGCAAGCGCCGCCGAACCCAGGAGCUGACGGGAGUUGGCCCCAAGUUCUACCCGUUGGCCACUGAGAAGGGAAGGAAGCACACCCAUCUUAACGCCCAACUUCCGAUCAGCACGCUCGUCUUCCCCGUUUCACAUGGACAAACGUCGCAGGGCCCGUACUCGUCAUCGGCCACCUUCAUCCGCUACGAUCCUUCCCUCAUGCCGUCGCGACCGCCGUCGCGCAGGACCAGCCACUCCAUGUCCAACUCGCAAGAUGACAUAGAGAUGGACUCGAGUUUCAUGGGUAGCGCGGGAAGGGAGUUCCUUUUCUUUGGUGACGUGGAGAGCGAGUGGCGUGCCGACCACGAGAUGGAUGUCGACAAGGACGGGGGAGCUGUUGCUGGGGCGUACAACAGAGCGAUCUGGGAGCAGGCGGCAGUGAGCUUUGCGGAGGGUCGCCUCGCGGGCGUUUUCCUCGAGUGCUCGUACGACUCGACGCGUCCAGCCAUCAUCAUGUUUGGCCACCUGUCGCCGCCAGGGAUUAUGUACGAGCUCAAGACUCUCGCUUCAUUCGUGGGAGGAGAAAGCCGACCUCUGGAGGGUCUGAAGAUAUUCAUCACACACGUCAAGGAGUUCCUGGUUCCACACAGGAGUGGCGUCAGUGCGCGGGAGCUCAUUCAAAUUGAGCUCGAUGCGCUCGAGGCCGAGAAUCAGCUCGGUGUCACGUUUAACGUUAUUUCCCCAGGUGACCGGUUGUUGAUUUAA